UUGGAAGAGGUAAUAAUAUGUUCUACUGUCGUCUGCUCUGCUUUGUUUGUUUACUUUUCUGAGUGAAGAUGAGAUGUGAAAACUUAACCAGAGCAUUAACGUAUUUUGAUAGUUUAAAAUGUAACAGCAGAAUGAGCUUUUACGGAAAUAAUUAAUUUAAAAUAAAUUUGACAAAAGAGUACUUAAUACUUUUGUUCGGUCAGUCUUUGUAAUGUUAUUAGACAGAGUGUUCGAGUUCAUUACUUAGAUAUUUUCGAAUAGUUUCAUAGAUACGUUGGGAUAAAUGCUAAGUCUAAAAUCAAACCCUAAAGCUAAAUUAAUUUUCAACAGGCUACUAUAUGAACAGCAUUAAACAAUACAUUUGUAUGCCUAGCCUAAAUUACAACUAAUAAAUACAUCUAUAAGGGACGAAAUUUAAUUCCUUGGCUAUAUUUUUAUACUGUGUGAAGUUUUCAUCCUUGUACCUGGGCUAUUUAGGAUAAAACUAUCUCGAGAUAAUUAAGUUUGUUCUGAAGUUCAGUAAAUGGAGAUUUAAUACAUUAAAAAUGUUAAAAAGGGAAGAUUUUGAUGCUGGUCCUUCAAGUAUUGAUCUUAUUGAAACAGGCCUGUUUUUAGGAAACGUAACAGCUGCAACAGAUAAAAAUGUUUUGGAAUCCAACAAGAUAAACAGAAUUAUUACUGUGGAUUCUUGCCCACUACCACUAAAAAUAACUGACUUGCCAGGAAUCAAGACUUUGUUUAUUCAAGUGACAGAUUUGCCCCAAGAAGAUCUUCUUGCUCAUUUUGAAGAAACAUAUAAUUUCAUAAAAAAUUCCCAAGAUCAGAAGAAUGUGUUAUUAGUUCAUUGUUAUUUUGGUGUAUCUCGAAGUGCUACUGUAGUCAUUGCUUUCAUCAUGAAGAAAUAUGGGAUCUCAUACCAGGACGCUUUUGAGAGAGUAAAGAGUCUACGCAGAUUUGUUGGACCCAAUGCUGGAUUCGAAGCCCAACUGCAGUUAUUUGAGAGGAUGAAUUAUACAAUAGACCGUAACAAUCUUCAGUAUAAAAUGUACCGUUUGAAACUAGCUGCAGAAAAAGUUAAAAAAGUGAAAAUUCUCCCCCUGGACUGCUUGGACGUGGUGCAGCCUGACCCUUCUCUCAUCAGAGUGAGCCCCGACCCUCUGGUCUACCGGUGCUGCAAGUGCAGACGAAUAAUAGCAUCUGCUGCUAACUUAAUGCCUCAUAUACCCAGAGAGAAGCCCUCAUGGAAGGAUGCAGCAUGGCCUGCCAAGGUGAAAGAACAGCCCGCCUGCAUGGCUACAUAUUUUGUUGAACCGAUGAUUUGGAUGAAGCCUGCUCUUCAGUCUGAACAAGGGAAACUGCACUGCCCAAAGUGCAAUUCUAAAUUGGGCUCUUUCAGUUGGAUCAUGGGUUGUCAAUGUCCCUGUGGGUCAAAGAUAUCCCCUGCAUUUUAUCUGGUGCCUUCCAAGGUGGAAUGGAGCAACAUAGUUCAGAAUGUACAAGUCACUGUCUAAGCUGCCACAGCUGCCAACUGUAUGGACGGAAUAUUUCCUGUAUGCUGUAGCUUAUCUUACUUAGCUCCCGUUUGUACUCAUGUAGUAUUAGACUUUGUAGUAUUUUUUCUUGUCUGAGAAUAUACGUUUGACAUAAGAUACUUAAUUAUACCGAUUGUAUUGUUUGUGCUAUGUAAAAAGGGCAAACCAAAGACAUAAAAAAGUUAAGAGGGUGGUGUUCUUUGUUUGGAAGCGGAGAGCCAAUUUGCAUUGUAUAUCAUUCAACCUUUUAUUUGUGAAAUCGAUAGAAGCAUUUCCUCUUACAUAGAAAUCAAUUGGUUAUUCUAGUGGUAUCAAAACUAAAAUUUAUCAAAGAGUCACAAAUAUCAAACGAUGACGUGCUUUGCAGGUCAUUUUAUUUGGCUUGAAAUACUUAAAACAAGACAUCAGACAUAAAUAAAUGUUAAAUCAAGCAUCAGCAACAAUAUAAAAACUAACUAUUUGGCUGAAAUGGUAACUCAGCCAUUGUUACAUUGUUGGAGGACAGUGAUAAAACUGUUGUCUAGCUAUUGUUAUAAAUAUAUAAAGCUUAUAAUAAUGACCAAUGAAAAAUUUUAUAAUCUGUUUUUGUUAACCCUUUCAAAAUCCCCCUUUUUUGAUCCCACUUUCUCUUUUGUGGCAAAUUCCUCUAUCAAAAUACUAGGUUGUGUACAUAUACAAGCUAUUAACAUUUCUUUUAAUAUGAAAAAAAUUGUUGAAACUUGACAAAGAACCAUAAAAUAGUGUUUUUAAACACCCUGAGAAAAACAAUAAUAUGUUUGUUAUUCUAAUGAUGGUCAGUACGAACUAAUACAAAGUAGUAGUUAGUACUUUAAAUUUCUCUAGUAGCAGGAUUUAUAUGGAUUAAAUUGUUUUUAGGGAAAUGGUGUGUGUGGUUUUUUUGUCCUUUUUACAUGACAGUAACUGAUAUGUAUAUAUUCAUACAGUGGAGUCUCCAAAUACAUGUUGUUAUAAUGAAUUUCCUUGAAGAAGAAUUUCUAAUUCCUUCAAAAGUGUGUUAAAUAUAUUACUCUAAUAUGAAUUAUUUUGGAUUGUAACAUUGAUAUAACAGAAUUGUAUGAGUUAACUCAUUUGUUACCAAUGGAUACAGUAUCAGUAUGAGGUUUUUGUAACUCAUUAUCAUUCUCUGUUUUUUGGUUGUCAAUGUGUUAAGGUGGCGUAGUCAGUAUUCAAAUAGGUUAAUUCUUAUUAAAUUUUGUUUAACUUUCUUGGUCACAACCUAAGACACCUUUCUAAAAGACAAAGAAAUACAUUUAAACUGUUUUGAAUAUUCCAUGAAAAAUUCUAGGGAUUUUGUGAAGUAUUUGGGGUUAUCUUAUAGUAAGGCUCGCUGAAAAAUGGUUGAAAAUUAGGAUAUGAAACUUUUUAGUUUGUAGUUUGUUUGAUUGUCAAAGUCAAAGUCAAAAUCUCUUUAUUUGCAUAGUCUUCAAGACUAGUAGAGGUGUCAACACUAUAUAAUACAUAGAAAUACAGUGAAACAAUGUAAUGGAACUAAAGUAAAAAUAUUACAUUAAAUUUUUUGUCUUUAUAAAAAUAGUUGUCUCCAAUUGUAAAAUUCGUUCAUUGAAUAAAACGGUCGUUCUUGCAGCCGGGAUUUUAGAUUACUUCUAAAAUGAAGGUGGCUUGUUGUCUUUAUUUCCUCUGGUAGUAUGUUCCAUAUUCUCUGCACCAGUGUAACUCAGUUUCUUCUCAGUGGAUGUUAGUCUGUGUACUGGAAGGCAGAAGUUUCUUGCAUUUCUGCUAUUGUACUGGUGAUAUUUUAAUCCGUUGCUUGCAGUUUCAAGUGCAUUAAUGUAGACAUAGGUAGCAGUUUCCAGAAUAUAAAGGUUGAUGACUGUAAGGAUGUAAAAAAGGUCUGAUUUUAAGAUGGCAAAAUUACUACUCACUUUAAAUUACAGUUCCUCAUGAAAUUAAUGAAAAGUUUAUAUUUUUUAUAUUUUAGGAACAGUGAAUUAAAGAGCUGAGAUUAUGAAAUUUAAAAAAAGCAAUUCCAAUUCCUUAAUGUUGAUUGUGGACAAAUCUCAAGGAUAUAAUAUAUAAUUAAAUUUAUGCAUUACAUUUAUAAAUUGAUCAGAUAAAAAAGAAACAAUUAUAUUUUGGUAUUGUUAUUUAUGAAAGAAGAAAUUACAGCAUUGCUAAGGAAGGGUAAAUUACCUUACAGGCAUAGAGUUCAAAGCCUGGAAAAUGGAGGUCAGGUUCUGAGAUAUUCAUUAUGUAGAAGUUAUUGUUCAGCCAUAAGACUUCUUUAUGUAGAAAAUAUUGGUCAUGUUUAGUCUCAAUAUUAUAGAAAACUUGUUUUUAAAGAUGUUUCAUUACAAUGAUUUUGUUCUUAUAUUCAUUAUUAUAUUGAGACUCAACUGUAUGUGCAUAUUCCAUUAAAUGAUAGUUAGUUGAAUAUUAUAUACAUUUUGACGAUUGAGAAUAAUAUUUUUAUACAUAUUAAAUUUAUUUUUUUAUACUAUUCGUAGUUUUAGUUUUAUUUAAUAUCACAGAAAAAACAAAUAGUUAUUAUUGAAUGUAUUACAUUUAUAGACUUGUUAUUUACUUUAUUCAAUGGUAAUAUUUUUUAAAAUUUUUUUACUUAAAAGAGGAAUGUUUUACGUUAAGUUUUAAUAUGUUGUAAUUCUCAAAUGACCCAAAUAUAAUAUAAUACACAUUCAACCAUCUGACUUUGUAUUGCGUCUAUUUAUGUAGUACUUUUUGCAUUGUGAAAUAUUAAAGGAUUUAAAAUUUACUUAAGUAGGUAGGCUAGUGAACAAGUCUUUAAAAAGACACAACAAUAUUUUAUGAAGUGCAGAUCAUUUACUGCCUCAAACUGGCAGUCAUUUACCUCAGAUGGCAGGCCAUUUUGAGUGUUCUGUAUCCGUAUUUUAAACAUUUUGUAAAAUCUACAUUUUUAGUACAAACCUGUAUGUGUAAUACAUUAUUGUUUUCAGGAAAAUGUGGAGAUAAUAUGAUAUAAAAAUAUUAUGCAUAAACCAUAAAAAUGACUACAUGUUUUUUCUUUUUUAAGUUUUAGUUGUGAGAUAAUUUAUGGUAAUUAAAAUCUGUGAAAGCCACUUUAUUUCUGAUUUUAUCUAGUUUAAGACAAUGUAUAAUGGUAUCUCUUGAAGAAAAGUUGUAAAACCCACAAAUAACACAAAAAAUGCUGAAUUUGUUACUAUAUUUAAAAUUAUUACAACAAAUUUACUAUAAAUAUAAGUUUUACACAAAAUUUUUCCACAAUAAACCAUAAUUGAGUGAAUUAUAUGCACUACAAUAACAAUAAAUAAAUUAAUAACACAUUUUAAUUUUUGAAACUUGGGAAAUACCCAAGUUUGUUACUGUGGGUACAAUAAUUUUAAAAAAGUGUUUGCUCUUAAUAUUUCCAACAUAUACCAAAAUUUAGCAUAUUAUAGCCUGAAACAAGGCUAUAACAAACUAUAAAACAACAUAAUAAACCAUACCUCUGAAUAUCACUAAUUUUCAAAACGGCUAAAUGAAUACGAUCUUUCUGACUAGUUUUAUGACGUCACUGUGACAUCACUGUUUUCAAAACAAAUGUCACCAUUGAAAUCAGCAAUUCUUUCUGUUUGAAAUGGUAUAUAAAUAGUAGUGGUAAAAUAGUAUUGAUUUAUGUACUAUAUAAACUGUCAAAACGUGUGUCAGAUCAAC